AUGAUGGCUCAAUUCACCAAGAGGCAAUGGCUCACACUGAUCGUCAUCAGCAUCGCCGAUUUCGCGAACGCGAUCUGUGUAUCGCUACAGGCGCCGUUCUAUCCGCAGGAGGCUGAGAAAAAAGGAGCAUCCCCGUCAGAAUAUGGAUUGGUCUUUGGAAUUUUCGAGUUCAUCGUCUUUAUCAUCAGCCCCGUUUAUGGACAAUACUUACAUCGAAUCGGACCAAAAUUAUUGUUCAACGGCGGCAUCCUGACGACAGGAACCUGCGCCAUCUUCUUCGGUCUACUGGACAAGGUGAACGGCCAUUAUCCCUUUAUAGUCCUUUCGUUCGUGAUUAGAAUCGUCGAGGCUAUAGGAAAUGCGGCGUUUCUCACCGCCAGCUUUGCCAUUAUCGCCAAGGAAUUCCCGGAUAGCGUCGCUACCACCUUUGCCAGCUUGGAGACAUUUUUUGGCCUGGGUCUCAUUGUCGGGCCAACUGUUGGCGGUGCCCUUUAUCAGGUCGGUGGAUAUACGACGCCAUUUGUUGUCUUAGGAUCAGCCCUCUUUACGACUGCAGUUAUGACCAUUUUUAUUCUACCGGUUCACCCUAACAGCAGCGAAGCAACUCAAAGUACAGUAGGCGUGACGAAGGCGUUGAGAAUUCCAGGCGUACUGAUCGCCACAUCAUCCAUAAUCGCGACGAGCAUGAGCAUAGGAUUUUUGCAAGCUACCCUUGAGCCACAUUUAAGGCAAUUUAACCUGAGCCCUAUCGUUCUGGGCUUAAUGUUUGUCAUUAACGGUGGCACUUAUGCCAUUACCGCUCCUGCGUGGGGCUGGCUCUGCGAUAAGCAUUCACAUCCAAAAGUGGCCACCGUAGCUGGAUGCAUUCUCGUGGUCGUAGGAUUUUGUUUAGUAGGUCCAGCACCUUUCAUACCGUGUUCGACUACGCUUUGGAUGACAAUUUGUGGUCUGGUAGUUCACGGUUUAGGCAUGGCUGCACAGCUGGUUGCCAGUUUCACGGAUGCAUUGAGGACAUCGAUACAAUACGGAUUUUCAAAUAAUCUGGAGACCUACGGCCUAAUCAGUGGACUAUGGACCAGCACGUUUGCUCUUGGAGCAUUUAUUGGUCCGAGCGUAGCAGGAAUUUUAUUGGACAAUAUUGGAUUUCGAAAUGCUACUAUGUUCAUCGUGUUUCUUCACAUGCUUGUGGGCGUGAUGGCGGCAGUGUUCUUAAGCGUCUGCACACAAAGCCAUAAACAAUACACAGAGAUCAGCGCGACGGAACACUUAAGGAUACCGUUGACGGACAGCGAACGCUCGCGGAGCGGAAGUCAUCGUCAUGUUCGCGGUCAGGGAGUGCCGAUCGAUAGGCCCAGCGGCAUGAACUCCCUGAUCGUGUGCAACAGUUAUUCGAACAGAGCCGGUGCUUGGUCCCGAGCAUCGUACAGCGGCCGUUAUUCCCAUAGUUAUGGUUCGAUCGAGACGAAAAGGUAUCUAGAGUUGACCACGUGAUGGCUGCAGCCAUUCAAUGUGACACACGGAUAGGAAAAUCUCGGAUAGGGUCGUGCCCGGCAGUAUUGUCAAGCUUCGUGAGCCUAACUCAACGUUUGGGAAAACCUCUUCGGUCGUAUUUACGAGGGUAGAAAGAUUUAUGGCGGGGUGCGUUUUGAUUCUUUCUUUGCGUACCAGAUAGUAACUAACGAGUAAAAAUGGUAAAAAAGAAACGCAAGGUUAUCGAUCGACCGAGGAAGAAAAUUAUUGAAAAAUGUUCGAAUUGAAAUAAUUUUAAUAAUUGAAAUAAUUUUAAUAAUUGAAAUAAUUUUAUACAUUACCGGUCGAAACUUUGAAACUGAUAUGAGUUUUGCUAUUUUAGAAUACUUUUUGAUAAAAAUUGUACGCGGUAGAAAUGGGUUCACGGUGUGAAAUAUAAUUCUUAUUUAUUUAACUUGUGUUUAUAUGAUAAAUACAUCGAAUAGGAUUAAUUUGCUUGGUAAAAACUUUUUACUAUUCUUAUGCGAGUGAAACUGUCUUACGAAUCCAUCUAACUCGAUUAUUACAUAAUCUAAAAGAAUUUAUCGUCACAACGAAAGAGUCAAAAACAUUUUUAUCGAAGGAUCGAAUUUAGGAUAUGUCGUUUCUUUAUGGGAAAGUAAAGAAAAAGAAAAAAUAAACGCGCUUCUGCCUUUCGUCACUCGUCUCCAAUUGAAGAAAUGGCAGAUUUGAAGGGAUACUAGGGUUACUAAAGGCACAGAUUUAGCCUCAGAUGUCUCAAACAGUAUUCUCAGGAUGCAGAUGCAGAACACAUUUCUACGCUUUAAGUGUCAAGUGUAAUCGAUCGAGAACAGCUAUUUUUAACGAAUGAAACAUUUUGAAAAGAAGUGAAAUCACUUAUAUUUCACUGAUAAAUAAAUCAAUAGAUUAGAAAAUAAUUAUUUUCCUAACAAAGAAUUUAAUUUUUAUCAUCGUUAAUGGACUUUUACUUGCAGUUAAUAAGAGGCACGACCCUAAAACGGAAAUCUCAUGUACAAACAAAAUCUUUUUGAUAAAGAACAGCUUAAUAUCGACGAAAGUUUGUUGCUAUCGAAUUUUCGUCGCAUCAAAAUCAUCAAAGACAAAUUACGAAAGGAUUGUACUUACAUGCACUCGCGCAUAAUUUUAAUUGUUAUCGCUAUCAAUGUACUUCGUCGAUGAUAUCUUUUCGAUUAUGUUAGAUAUCAUGGAGUAAUUAUAUUUCAACGUAUCUUUAAUAAAAACAACAUUUUUAUUUAAUA